GAUGUGAUUUUGAUAAAAGAAGUUGGGAAAGUAUACAUAUAAACCAACAAUAUAAUGUUUCAGAUUCUUAUAGAAAUAAAUCAGAUUUGACCAGAUCAAUUCAAGCUGAGAAGCGAGCUG